GGCGCGGUCUUGGGAGCAAUGACUACGCCGCCUAAGCUAAGCAAGCCCUCACCCGAGUUCAUGGCCACACGCCGAGCCGAACAGGCAGCUGCCGCGGCGUCGGCGGCACGUGCCCAAGAGCAGGGAGGAGUUGGCAUCGCACUCAGCGGCGGCGGCAACCGUGCCUACACGUGCGCCUACGGCGUGCUGCGCGGUCUCGCCGUCAAGGGCGUGCUCGACGAUCCUCCGACCAAGCUGUGGAUGUCGGGCGUGAGCGGCGGCGGCUGGGCCACGGCCGCGUAUUGCUUCAACCAGAUCGUGCCUCGCGACGAGCUGCUUGACGUGAGCCGCGCCAAGCUGUCGCCGUCGGAGCUGACCGUCGAGGCCUGCAGCACGGUUGAGCCCCGCAGUAUGGGGCAGCCGGUGUCCACCAAGCCGAUGACGCACAAAAAUAUGCUGCUCUCCAUUCCUUGGUCGUGCUUCGCGUCCUGCCUCUCGCGGCAGCCCUUUGGGGCGAUCUCGUGGAUUCGCAACAUCUGGCAGGUCUACCUCGCGCCCUUUGGCGUGCCGCAGGGGCGUCUGUUUGCCGCCUCGGCUGCCGAGGUGGACGCCAAAGGCCGCCGGAGCGACUACAUCUUUCCGGCUGACUACUGUGCCGCCACCCCCCUCAUCGGCGUGACCAUGUACGGCCCGACGAGUUCGACGCUGGGCCCCAUUCCCGGGUGCACCAUGCCUGGGUGCAUUGGGAUGCGCCGCGUCGACGACUUUAUCGGCAGCGUCAACGCCGCCGACACGGAGGUCGCCACGGUGGGCGGUCCGACGCCCGAGGAGGCGCGUGCGGAGCACGACAACUGCGCGCUCGUCAUGUACGUGGUGUCGCCGAGCGAAGUGGCGACCGGCUACUCGGGCCCCGCGGCGGAGGUGAGUGGCGUGGCUUGCGUCACCGAGACUAUCGACAUUGCCCACGUGCCAGGGGUGCACCCGUCCGAAUGGAGCCGCGGCUUCGGCAUCACCAACUUGUCCAACUCGCUCGAGUUCUACAUUGGAGCGGGCAGCAUGCAGCUCGCCAGCAUGCUGCGGCAGGAGCGCAAGGGCGUGGUUAUGAACCCGGCCCUCGAGGCGAUGAUGCCCACUGCGCGCUUUGAGACCAACGCUGGCGUGUGGAACACGCUCAAGCUCGGCGACGGCGGAAACAUCGAAAACACGGCGUCGCUCGCGCUGCUGCGGCGCAAGUGCAAGGAGGUGCUGGUCGUGGUGGGCACCUCCACGGGCCCCUUCGUCUCAAAGUUCUCCAAGAAGGCCGUCACCGACUCGAAGGGGAAUGUGCGGCCGCCGCCGAGCGAGAUGACGCGCGAGGAGUACGACGCGGCUGCGUUCGGAGGCUCGACGGACCUGGCGAGCUUGUUCGGUGUCCCGGUCAUCGCCGCGGACGGCUCCUGGAACUACCACGGCACGGGGUUCAACUACCGGACCAACAAGGUCUUCGGAAUCGAGCGCUACUACGACAUGCUCGACCAGUUCGAGGCAGCGCUGGAGCGUGGCGCCCCGCUCCUCGCGCGGCUCGAGGGCGUGGAGGUGCUCCGCAAUGCCUUCCAUGGGGUCGAGCCGUACACGUGCAACUACACCGUCCUCUACAACCAUGCGCCGAAAGAGUGGCUGGACAAGGUGCCUCUGGAGACCCUCAAGAAAGUGCUCGGGGAGGGCGAGGCCAACACGAAGGGCCACUUCCCGUACUACAAGACGACGGGGCAAAAUCCUCCCACCCUCAUGGAGUUCACGCCGCUGCAGACCAACCUGCUCGCCGACAUGAUGGCGUGGAUCGUCGACGCGGAGUGGGACAAGCUGAAGCCCUGCUUCUCUUGAAAGCUCUGCGGCCCCGACGCGCAGCUCAUGUUGAUUGACAGACAGAGAGAGCGCAGGCUGUGUUUGUGUGGGUGUCGACUGUCUAGUGCGUAAUGGACUCUGUGUGUCGCCUACCACGCAUGUGUGACCAUUUAGCAUGAAAGAGUGUGUUCCACACCAUAGGUAGACUUGUACGUUGUAGUGUAAGCUCUCGUAGAGCCGUACAGCGUACUAAGCUCUCCGUAGAGCCGUACGGCUCUAUGUGAUGAACGAUGAGUUUCGCGAUGAAGAAAAAA